AUGAUUUCCAAUUUAAAAUCGCUGCUCAAAAUCAACCCACCACGGCAGUUUUUGUUUGCCGAACGCAUUUUGAAAAAGAGCCUUGCUCCCCCUUUUGCAUGUUCAAAUUCGUAUUCAUCAUCGCGUGAACUGGAUACUGUCGAGGCUUACGAGCGUGAAUGGGUGGACUUUUUUAAAACGGCUCCCGACCAAUUCGAGCUGUAUCGUGGGCUCAACAAUGCCUUCUCUUAUGACAUUGUGCCGACGGUACCUAUUGUGCGCGAGGUGUUACUUGCAUGCCGUCGUCUGAAUCAUCUCCCCACUGCAAUUCGUCUUCUCGCCGCCCUAAGAGCAAAGGUCGACACUGUGGACCAGUACAAGCUUUACCUUACGGCGAUUGAAGACUUGCGUUUGGAGUUGGGAGUUCCUGCCCCCGAAGAAAUUGGCGUAUAG